AUGAGCCGUCCGUACAACGCCACCGCCCGGCGGUUUCCUCAACCGCCGGGCAACAUUGCUGGUCAACGGCCUCCUACUCGCUACCAACAAAAACCCAACCCCUUCUACAGAAACCCUAACAACAACUACAGCUCGGGAAGCUACCAGUCUCCCCACCGAGAGCUUUCUAGCAGACCCCCAACCACUCGCCUCCCUUCAAACUUCGUGAUCAGCCUUCUACCCGAUGGGACCGACCCCAAUUCCCACAAAAUACCCGACAUUACCUCUCUGAUUUCGGAAUGCGCAGCUCCCAGUUGCAGGCGCUCGGUCUUCUCCACCGGCUCCGUCGCUGCCUCAAUUCACUUCAGCGCGUGGGACCAGGCGCGCUCUUGCAUGGCCAAGCUUUGGGAGCGCCGGCUGAACGGCGAUCACUGCUUGACCCCGGACCUCCGUAGCCACGUAAUGGUUCCUUCCGACUCCGAGGAGCUGCGACGGGAACUCGGAGCGGUGUUCGCCGAUCACGUUAAGAGUUUGGUCGCCGGAGAGGAGGUAGGGAAGUUGAAAUUGGAGGUGGAGAGCAAGCGUGGUGAAAUUGACGAGGUUUCUCGGCAGUUGAAGGCGAAGAAGGGGGUUCGGUUUGAUCUUUACACCGAGCUGAGUAACAAGAAGGAUGCGUUGGUCGCGGAAUUGGAGGUUACGGAGAAGAGGCUGGAUGAGUUUAUGGCAGCGAUGAGGUGUAUUUUGAAGUAUAUUGGUGGAGGGAAGCUGGAGGAGCCGGCCGCUGAGACAAAAGGAGUAGAUGUAGAGCCCUUUUUGCUUCAAGGAGAAGUCGACUGGGUGAAAAUUCACCGGCUUAUUCUCAGGGAGAUUCGUAGGCUGCAGGAUGGACUGCCGAUUUAUGCUCACCGGAGGGAAAUUCUAGCCAGAAUUCGAGAUUCUCAGAUCAUGGUUUUGAUUGGCGAGACUGGUUCUGGAAAGAGCACUCAGUUGGUUCAGUUCCUUGCUGAUGCUGGUAUAGGAUCAAGUGAGACUGUUAUAUGUACACAGCCGAGAAAGAUUGCAACUAUUUCCAUUGCUGACAGGGUGAAAGGAGAAUGCCAUGGCUGCUAUAAAGACAGUAAUUCUAUUAUUGCUUAUCCAACCUUUUCCUCCGACCAACCGUUUGGUUCAAAAGUUAUAUAUGCAACAGACCAUUGCUUGCUGCAGCACUUCAUGAAUGACAGGAAUUUGCCUGGGAUUUCUUGCAUUGUAAUUGAUGAGGCUCAUGAAAGAAGCUCGAACACUGAUUUACUCUUGGCUUUAAUCAAAUGUUUACUGCUUGAUCAAACAAGAGACUUGAGGCUUGUAAUCAUGUCUGCAACAGCUGAUGCAAACCAGCUAUCGGAUUACUUUUUCGGCUGUGAUGUGUUUCAUGUAUCAGGGAGAAGCUUCCCGGUGGACCUGAAGUAUAUCUCUAGUGACAGUGAGGCUAGUACAUCUGCUUGGGGUCCUAUUGCCCCUUAUGUGCAGGAGGUUGUCAAGACUUCCAAGGAGAUCCAUAGAUCUGAGAAAGAAGGAACCAUUCUGGCCUUUUUGACUUCUCAACAGGAAGUAGAAUGGGCUUGUGAAAAUUUCCAAGCUCCGUUGGCAGUUGCAUUUCCAUUGCAUGGGAAGCUUUCUUUCGAGGAUCAGUUUCGUAUUUUCCAGGACUUCCCAGGGAAAAGAAAGGUUAUAUUUGCUACUAACCUUGCUGAGACAUCAUUGACAAUUCCAGGGUUGAAGUAUGUUGUUGACUCUGGGAUGGUCAAGGAGAGCCGAUUUGAGCCUGGAAGAGGAAUGAGUAUGCUCAAAGUCUUGAGGAUCCUUGCUCUUGGAAUCAAGAAUAUAAGUGAAUUUGACUUUAUUGAUGCACCCAGUCACCAAGCCAUUGACAUGGCCAUUAGGAACCUUGUCCAAUUAGGCGCAAUCAGACAGAGUCGUGGAAGUUAUUAUGAACUAACAGAUGAAGGUCGCUACUUUGUUAAGCUUGGAAUUGAGCCACGGCUCGGUAAGCUCGUCCUCUAUUGCUUUCGUCAUAGACUGGGUAAAGAAGGUCUUGCUCUUGCUGCUGUGAUGGCUAAUGCUAGUAGCAUUUUCUGUAGAGUUGGCACUAAAGAUGAUAAGAUAAAAGCAGACUGUCUUAAGGUGCAGUUUUGCCAUAGCAGCGGUGACCUCUUCACCAUGCUCUCUGUUUUUAAGGAAUGGGAAGCUUUGCCCCGAGAUCAUAGAAGUAAAUGGUGCUGGGAUAAUAGUAUUAAUGCCAAAUCCAUGCGAAGAUGCCAGGAAGCGGUUAAAGAAAUGGAAGAAUCCCUUCGGAGGGAACUCGACAUUAUUGUUCCAUCGCUUUGGCUUUGGAGUCCUCAUAAGUCUGCAGGUCAUGAUAAACAUUUGAAAUGGGCGAUAGUUUCUGCUCUUGUGGAAAAUGUUGCCAUGUACUCUGGAUAUGAUCAAUUGGGUUAUCAAGUGGCAAUGACUGGACAAACUGUCCGGCUACACCCAUCUUGUUCGCUACAAAUGUUUGCAGAGAAGCCAAGUUGGGUUGUUUUUGGUGAACUCUUGUCAACAGUUCAUGAUUAUUUGGUCUGUGUUACUGCCUUUGAUUUUGAAUCCCUACCUAGUCUUGACCCUCCUCCAUUGUUUGAUUUUCAUAAUAUGGACUGUCAGAAACUGCGAUCGAAGAAAAUGACUGGCUUUGGAACGCUUCUUCUUUAA